AUAACGGUUCUGGAAGCUUCCACGGCGAGCCCGCGGCACGACCGAAUCACACCACAGCAGCUUGAGGCGCUUCCCGCCCACAGCGCCACCGUCGCGCGCGACCUUAUUUAAUCGACCCACAGAGUGCUCUGGCAGCUCAUUCGUGUCGGAGGUUCUCAACGAAGCUCAGACGGCAUCGCAGGCGCACCAGUAGCACGAGAGACAAGGAAGAUGAGGGUCCUAGCAGCGGUUUGGGCUCUGGUGGUGUUCGCUGCCUUGACGGGGGCGUCUCGUCACGCCAAGAGCCUGGAAGACGACCUGUGGUCUGACUUGAAGACCAGCCUGGGCCGCAUGGGCGAGCUGGUGGGCGCCGGGGGGCUGCACGGCGACGCAGUGCCCUUCGCGCCCGACGUGUUCGACCUGGACGCCGCCGCCUCGCGCCCCGACCAGGCCGAGCCCGAGCCGCUCGACUCGGACGUCGAGAUCGUCUCGGCGGACAACCGGCCGGCGCUGCUGCCUGGCGGCCUCUUCAACCUCUUCAACUUCGGCAUGCGCGGCAGCGAGCCCUGGUGGAAGGGGCCCAACGUGUGCGUGGAGCGCGAGGAGGUGGACGAGAGCCUGCACAAGAACGACACCAGCGCCGACGAGGGCGGCCUCUUCGGCUCCUUCCAGUUCUCCAGCUGCCAGCAGACCGACUCCAAGUACAUCUGCACCACCAAACUUCGUAACCACGGCAUCCGAAAGUCGUACGUGGUGAAGUAUCAGUGCUGCCACGGCUUCCGAAGGGUGAAGGGGAAACCAGGAUGCACUGAAGUGCAACUGAAGAGCAUGAUGGAGACGGUGGAGGCGGUCGGGGCCAAGGACUUUGCGCGCCUGCUGCGCAGCGCCGGCCUCGAGGAGAAGAUGGCCUCCAGCAACCUCACCCUCUUCGCGCCGUCCGACGAUGCUUUGCGCGACUUCACCGACUCCCUGCAGGAGGCCAACCAGGUAGAGCUGUUCAUCCCUGCCGCAAGGAGGCGCCGCAGCACCGCUGAUGGAUCCAACAUGAAGGAAGUUCUGCUGAGUCACAUGACUCCGGGCUUCAUCGACCUCAUGGAUCUCGUGGAUGAAGAGGUCCUGUACAGCGACAACAGCAACAGCACGAUCCGCAUCAACAUGUACCCGAACCGGGUGGUGACGGCGAACUGCGCCCGCGUCACGUCGCCCAACAACUACGCCAGCACCGGCCUGGUGCACGUGACGGACCGCGUGCUGCGGCCGGCAACCAAGACCAUCGCGGAGCUCAUCACGGAGGACCCGCAGUUCGCCAGCCUCGCCUCCAUGGUGAAGAAGGCCGACCUGCUGGAACAGCUGAGCGGACCCGGACACUUCACUCUGUUCGCCCCGACCGAGGAGGCGUUCCUGAAGCUGGACGCUGAGGCGCGGGCCCAGAUCCAGAACGGCCACUCCUGCGUCGCAAACGUGGUGAGGCACCACCUGCUGCCCUUCACGCUGUGCUCGGCCGCGGUGACCCGGGAGCUGGCCGUCAGGAGCCUGGACGACGAAGUGCUGCGGAUCGACCGCCGCCUGGACGACGGCAAGCUGUUCGUGGCCGGCCGGCAGAUCACGGUCAAGGACGUCGUGGCCACCAACGGCAUCGUCCACGUCCUGGACGGCAUUGUGAUUCCCGACUCUGCGCGCUCCAUCAGCGACGCGCUGGACACGCGAAACCUCACGGUGUUCGCGGGUCUGCUGCGCGAGGCGGGGCUGGCGGACUCGCUGGACGGCAUGGGCAACGUGACGGUGUUCGCCCCCACGGACGCGGCGCUGCAGGAGCCGCACGCCAAGAGGGCGCUGGAGCGGGCGCGCGAGGACAAGGACCAGCUCAGGGACCUGCUGCUGUACCACACGGCGGGGCCGGAGCUGGCCGCCUGCGACCUGGCCAACAACAUGCAGCUCAAGUCCGGCCUGGCCGACCGCAGCCUGCGCGUCUCCCUCUACUCCACCCUGCCGUUCUUCAGCUCGCUGACGUCGCGCAUCACCGUGCAGUGCGCACGGCUCCUGCGCCAGGACACCAAGGCGUGCGGCGGGGUGAUCCACGCCGUGGACCGCCUGCUCCUGCCCCCCACACAGUCCGUGCUCUACAUCGUCAACACCGACGAGAAGUUCUCCACGCUCAGCAGCAUCAUCAAGGGCUCGGGCCUGGAGGCGGAGCUGCGCGACACGGACCCCGUCACGCUGCUGGCGCCCACGGACGAGGUGUUCGCCCGGCUGGACGAGCAGGACCUGGCCCGCCUGCUCGAGGACAAGAAGCUGGCCAAGCAGAUGCUGCGCCAGCACAUCCUGCCAGAGGCGAUGUGCUGCUCCGGAGUCGGGGCGUCGGCCUGGCCCUUCACGGCCAACGUGGAGACCCUGAGCGGCAAGUCCAUCCCUGCCCGGCGGGACUACGAGGGCCGCGUGCACUUCGGCAGCACCACCGUGGUCGACUGCGACGUCAUGGCGACCAAUGGCAUCCUGCACACCGUCAACAGGGUGAUGCUGCCCCAAGACGCACGCGGGAACCUCGGGGCCAUCAGGUUUGGUGGCAGUCCCAACCUGGACAUUGUACUUUAUGGACUUUGAGUGUUGUGUUUGUGCUUGCUUUGCAUUCUGUUGAUCACUUUAGUUAAUCAAGUGAGUAUUGCAAGAUUUAGUUUUUUCAUUGUCAUUGACUGAUUGUUAGCGGUUAGUAAUCAACUACUUGGAGAAAUCAUAAUUAUUUUGUAUGCCCUAUCAAGGUAUUAAGUGAUUUAGUUUUAGUUUAUUUAUAAUGCAAGUUCUUGUGUUUCAUCAUAUUCAAAUUGUGUAUUGGUAUCAAUUAUGUGGUAGUAUCUAUCUCAUGUUUGUAACGCAACAUCAUUGUUGUCUUAUUGCCGGAUGUUUUAUUGCUAUGUUAAUAAGGAAUUACAAUCAAUAAAGGUUUUUUUGACAGUUA